CGCUAAUUUACUCUGCUCUGCCAGUUCUCUUUUUCAAUCCGAACAGGGUAUCAACCACUACUGUAUACCUUUGAUAUCGUCUAUACCCUGGUCGACUGAUGUCUAUUUGUUUCCGCCGUAUAGGUACAACCACUCUGAGAAGCCACACAGCUAGCCUCUCAAAGCCGGCGAGAUUCCGCUUCAUUAGUUCAAUGCCUGGAACUAUCGCCAUCAAUGGCGACUUGAACAAUAUUUCGGUCUUGCGGCAAGUGGAGCAGAUAGUGGUGGAUCCAGCUUUCUCUCACAGGUCCCUCGCUAUCACAGAAGAAAAAGAUGAUGCAGACGUGCGGAAGACGUAUAGACCAUUUUUACUCGAUGAAGAAGUAACAUCGAGUGACUGGAUCAGCAAGCUGGAACUGAGUACCGCUAUCAAAUUAGCUGAGGCGGACUUGGCAGCCACGGGUGAGAGGUUAAAGGUGUUGGUGCUGUAUGGAAGUCUGCGGUCGAGGUCUUACUCCAAACUACUUGCAUUUGAAGCUUCACGGAUCCUCUUCAGAUUAGGCUGCGACGUCCGAAUCUACGACCCAGCAGGUCUCCCCGUGAAAGACGACGUCCAGCAUAAUCAUUCCAAAGUCCAGGAACUCCGAGACCUGAGCAGGUGGAGCGAUGGCCAAGUGUGGAUAUCACCUGAGCAGCAUGGCAACUUGACAGCAGUCUUCAAAAACCAAAUCGACUGGAUCCCCCUCUCCGUCGGCUCCGUCCGGCCAACCCAGGGCCGCACCCUCGCCAUCGCCGAAGUCUCCGGCGGCUCUCAGUCCUUCAACGCCGUCAACUCGCUCCGCAUCCUCGGCCGCUGGAUGCGCAUGUUCGUCAUCCCGAACCAAUCUUCCGUUCCUCAAGCCUACACGCAAUUCACGUCUGAAGACGACGAGGCGGAAGGAGGCAGUAGGAUGAAGCCCAGUGGGAACCGGGACAGGAUCGUGGAUUGUAUGGAGGAGUUUGUGAAGUAUACGAUUGUGAUGAGGCCGCAUUUUGGGCUGUUUUCGGAUAGGUUUAGUGAGAGGGAGGAGAGGGCUAGGAAGGCGGAGGUGGAGAGGGAGACGGUGGAGAAGGAAAAGGAGAAGUUGGUUGUCGAGCAGAAUGUUCCGAUGUAGACACUGGUGCCAGUGCUAGACAAUUCAUUUUGGGUUCUGACAGGACAGAAUUAUACAAGAUAGAUUUGAGGCUUAGGACGCUAUAGAUGGAGCUUAGAUACUGUAAGCUGAGUAGCAUAGCACACCCCUACCAGUGACUUGAUGCUCUCAGCACUGAAGCAAAC